AUGGCAGCAAGACCUAGACGACAACGUGUGAGUUUGGAGAAUAGAGAGUGCCUGAUAAGAGCAUUCAAUGAUCCAGCCCAAGAUUAUCUUUCUGUUGCUGAUACCAUCGGCGUUAACCGCUCGACAGCGAGAGGGAUAGUCAGACGACAUUUGCAAGAAGGACAGAUAGCUGAAAGACCACGAGGCGGCCCCAACCACAGGAAAGUUGAUGAUGAAAUGAAGCAAUGCAUUGAAGAAAUUCUGAACGAGAACCCUGCUCUCACUCUUGAUGGCAUAAACCGAUUGCUUCAGGAAAGAUUGCCUGAUAAGCCCCGAAUACAUUCACGGACAGUUGGAAAGGUAUUGAAUGGUAUGCUAUACACAUUCAAACUUGUUCGGCGAUGCCCUGCAGAAAGAAACAGACCUGACGUUAUCCAAAACAGACACGAUUAUGCAGCCUGGUUUUUGGGAGAAGCGAUCCAGAGGCAAAUCGUGUUUAUUGACGAAUGCGGUUUUAAUGUCUGGACGGCGAGGAGUCAAGGCAGAGCCCUUUGA